AGUUUGCAGCAUUUGCAAAGGAGGCAACGGAGCCGAGCAGUUGAAGGACAUCAAAUGAAACACGGGAGCGCUUUACAGCGGGUCCUCUUGAGUUUUGCGUGUAGCCUGUGUGCUCCGAGCCUGGAGACAGUACGUUUUAGUGAAAAUCAUGGAAGAUAAAUCAAAUUCGUUCUCCAGCAACAAAGAAGGGGAGAAAGCAGAUGGGAAUAAUGUAUUUCAAAGGCAAGACUCGAUACAGAAGAACAAUAUGGGGAGCCAGAACCUGAAAGGAGGGGACCAUGGAAACUCGGUGGGCUUCAAGGGGGACCGGGAGGAAGCCUUGGUCGGGUUCGACGAUAUAGACGGGUCCGGAAACCGACAUGGCUUUAUGCAGCGGCAAUUUGGAGCGAUGAUGCAGCCCGGCGUCAAUAAGUUCUCCCUGCGAAUGUUCGGCAGUCAGAAAGCCGUUGAGAAAGAGCAAGAAAGGGUCCAGACGGCUGGAUACUGGAUCAUUCAUCCCUAUAGCGAUUUUAGGUUCUACUGGGACUUGGUAAUGCUGGUCAUGAUGAUGGGGAACCUGAUCAUCAUUCCUGUAGGAAUAACCUUCUUCUCGGAGCAGACCACCACCACCUGGCUAAUAUUCAACGUAGCAUCAGACACCAUCUUCCUCGUGGAUCUGGUCAUGAACUUCCGCACAGGGAUCGUCAACGAGGAGAGCUCCGAGAUCAUCCUGGACCCCAAGGUCAUAAAGAUGAACUACCUGAAGAGCUGGUUUGUGGUCGACUUCCUCUCGUCCAUACCAGUGGAUUAUAUAUUUCUAAUAGUGGAAAAGGGGUUUGACUCAGAGGUGUACAAGACGGCGAGGGCGCUGAGGAUCGUGAGGUUUACUAAGAUCCUGUCUCUUCUGAGGCUACUGAGACUUUCCCGACUCAUCAGAUACAUACACCAGUGGGAGGAGAUUUUCCAUAUGACGUAUGACCUGGCCAGUGCUGUGGUAAGAAUAUUUAAUCUGAUAGGGAUGAUGCUACUGCUGUGCCACUGGGACGGUUGUCUGCAGUUCCUGGUCCCACUCCUACAAGACUUCCCUCAAGAUUGUUGGGUGUCGCUAAACGGUAUGGUUAAUGACUCGUGGGGUAAGCAGUACUCGUACGCACUCUUCAAGGCCAUGAGUCACAUGCUGUGUAUCGGGUACGGCGCCCGGGCUCCCGUCAGCAUGUCCGACCUGUGGAUCACCAUGCUCAGUAUGAUCGUGGGCGCCACCUGCUACGCCAUGUUCGUGGGUCACGCCACCGCUCUCAUCCAAUCACUGGACUCCUCCCGCAGGCAGUACCAAGAGAAGUAUAAACAAGUGGAGCAGUACAUGUCGUUCCACAAGCUCCCCGCAGACAUGCGGCAGAAGAUCCAUGAUUACUAUGAACAUCGUUAUCAGGGCAAGAUCUUUGACGAGGACAAUAUCCUGAGUGAGCUCAACGACCCGCUCAAAGAGGAAAUUGUGAACUUCAACUGUCGGAAGCUGGUGGCUACCAUGCCGCUGUUCGCCAACGCGGACCCCAACUUCGUGACGGGCAUGUUGAGCAAGCUGAAGUUCGAGGUGUUCCAGCCCAACGAUUACAUCAUCAGGGAGGGCACCGUGGGCAAGAAGAUGUACUUCAUUCAACAUGGUGUGGCCAGUGUCAUCACCAAGCUUAACAAAGAGAUGAAGCUGACGGAUGGCUCUUACUUUGGAGAGAUCUGUCUGCUGACGAAGGGGAGACGCACGGCGAGCGUUCGCGCUGACACCUACUGCCGUCUCUUCUCCCUCUCUGUGGAUCACUUCAACGAGGUGUUGGAAGAGUACCCUAUGAUGCGCCGCGCUUUCGAGACCGUAGCCAUCGACCGCCUGGACCGCAUCGGGAAGAAGAACAGCCUGCUCCUGCAGAAGUUCCAGAAGGAUCUGAACGCUGGGGUGUUCAACACGCAGGAGAACGAAAUACUGAAGCAGAUAAUCCGGCAGGACAGGGAGAUGGUGAUGAUGGUGGACCGCAAGCAGUCGGUCACAGGGAUGUCGGUCACAGGGAUGUCGGUCACAGGGAUGAACACCACCCCGAUAUCUGGAAACUCCAUCAUUAACUCGCCGGCUCAGCCGCCCUACACCACUGCCCUGGGCAACAACCAGUUCCAGCAGUCAGCCACCUCUUUGACCUACAGUGCUUCGGCCGUCAUCGCCCCCUCCACCGCAGCCACCGCCCGCAUCCUGCCAGCCUCGGCGCAGGGUGUCUAUCCUGUCCCCAGUGUCAUCCACGGCAACCUGAACUCAUCCUCGCCCGUCCCCCAGACUCCCCUCUCUCUCCAUCAGCAAGGGUCCAUCAUGUCCCCGGUAUCCUUCACCACGGCGGUGUGCAGUCCACCCGUGCAGACCCCUGGGCUGGCGGGCCGCAGCUUCCAGUACGGCUCGCCCACCGCCUCCCAGCUCUCCCUUAUCCAGCAGCCGCUGCCUACUGCCCUACCACCGCAGCAACCACUACCACAGCCACAGCAACCAGGAGGAGCUGCGGCCUCCUCAGCAACACAACAACCACAACAGCAGCAGCAAAUCCCGUCACCUCAGAGGAGUGACAGCCUCCACAAGGCCAGCCAUGCUCUCCAGUCGGGAAGCCUGAGUCGAGACGUGCGCCACCUCUCUGCCUCCCAGCCCUCCCUGCCCCACGACACGUCCCUGGGGCCCCGAGCGCACCCUGCAGCGUCCGGGGACUCCCUGGCCUCCAUUGCCCCGCCGGUGCCUGCGGUCCAGGGUAUGGGUAUACAGAGCGGUCUCCGCACCACAGUGCCCCAGAGGGUCAACCUGUUCCGCCAGAUGUCAUCAGGAACGUUGCCUCCGAUGCGAGCGGUGUCCUCUGCAGCCCAGCACAGGGAUUCCACAGGUUCUAGGAGAGAUUCUAGAAGAGAUUCUACCUUAAGCAGUACAGAGACCGAGCAAGAUAAGAUGCGGUUCGCAUCAAAUUUAUGAUCCCAUUUUUCUUUUUUUUAAACUUCUGUUUUAUUUAAUUUUUAAAUGGAGAUACAAAAAAAAGAUAAAGAUGAACUUGAGUAUUUUUUUGUUUUCUCAAAAAUUUUCUUCAGAAAAAAAAAAUUAGCCGAAAGGAAUUCCUGUACAGACUGCCCUUGUAUUAUAUUUUAGACACAUUUCUCCCUACAUUUAAGAAUGUAUAUUAAAUAAAUAUAUAUAUAUAUAUAUAUGUGUGUAAAUCCAACUAGAAUAUUUGGCAAAGACUAUUUAAAAGCUCUAGUAUAUAAACAUGAGUCUUCCUUUCCAAAAAAUAUAAAUAUAGAUAUCAAAUGUAUGGAGAGAGGGGGGGUUGUUUGUUAUUUUCUGUUUUUGUAAACUGGAAUGCAUCGUGAUGAAUCCUGACAGAUGACUUUUGGAUUUUUUUUUUUUGUACCUGCGAGAAGAGGAAGUAAAAUAUCUUCUCACAUUACGCAGCUUUGUCACCACUGUGGAAUAACUGACGCAAGCGAACCUUGAAACUGUCAAAAAAAAGAAGCACACACUCAAACAUAAAUCUAAUGACAGAACUUGUGGGACCUUAAUCUUAGCAAUCAACACAGGUACAAUAGCUAGGUGUUCCAUUGCUCUCAGCAAUACAUCCUCUUGAGCCACAGUGUCCUCACACAGUGGUCGGUGAACACCACGACAGUGUUAUGGGUCCAAAGGAAUGAUGUAAAUAGAAGUGAUGCUCUUUUUUUGUUUGUAGAAGGAUGAUGUGAGCGAAGAAUGGAUGAUGCUGUUUUUAGUCCUAAUUUCAGACAGUGAUAGACGUUAUGUAAUGUUGCUUAACAAAACUAUGUGUACAUUUAUAAUAUUUAUAAACUAAAGAUUAUCACCAUUAUGCAAUAGACUGUGAUAUAAAGAUUAUCUAUAUGUGUGUUGUAAAUAGUUUUGUAGAUCUAGUAUUUACAGAUACUGUGUGGUGCAUUCUCAAUCAUAACAAUGUCUUACUUCUUUCAGGAACCUUGAUAUCUUCAUCAUCGUCUAUAUGUGAGAAAAAAAAGUUAAUAAGUGACAACAAUGCAUAUAUUCAUUAGAGAUAAGAAAACCUUAACGCAAUAGCAAGCACUACUUGACACUGAGAAAUGCCUGUCAAACUGAGAAUCUUCAUUAGUCUGCAUAGUCCUUGUUUCUUUCUUCAUUUUAACCAUCUAGCAAGCAAAAGAAGCGAAUGAGGGAUUAAAUAUUUUUUUUAACGCUGAGUUUUCAACACUUUUCAACACAUUUAACGCUGAGUUUUCAACACUUUUCAACACAUUUAACGCUGAGUUUUCAACACUUUUCAACACAUUUAACGCUGAGUUUUCAACACUUCUCAACACAUUUAACGCUGAGUUUUCAACACUUUUCAACACAUUUAACGCUGAGUUUUCAACACUUUUCAACACAUUUAACGCUGAGGUUUCAACACUUUUCAACACAUUUAACGCUGAGGUUUCAACACUUCUCAACACAUUUAACGCUGAGGUUUCAACACUUCUCAACACAUUUAACGCUGAGGUUUCAACACUUCUCAACACAUUUAACGCUGAGGUUUCAACACUUUUCAACACAUUUAACGCUGAGGUUUCAACACUUUUCAACACAUUUAACACUGAGGUUUCAACACUUUUCAACACAUUUAACGCUGAGGUUUCAACACUUUUCAACACAUUUGUAGCAUGGACUCCGUAACACCUGUUAUUUUACACGUCAAACACGUCUCCCUUGUAUUGUACAUCUCCUUUGAAAACAUGUUAUUUGUAGAGAUGCUAUAUUUUAUUUCAGUCACACGCUACACAAUACAGUAAUACCCUUUUACAGUGUGUUUUUCUUACUGUGGGUGUGCUGGGUGAGUAAACCUACCCAUUCCUUACAGCAAUUAAGAGUUUCUGUAUGUUUGACUACCCAUACACAAUGUGACACUUUAGAAUUACUGUAAAUAUGAAUCAUUGUUGAAUCUAUCCCAUCUGGACUCCAAAUCUUUUAGUUAGUUUUGACACCUUUUGAUUUCCGGGGGUACGGACGGACGGCCUGUUUGGAUGUUUUAGUCAGGCUUUAUGUUUUUUUUUUUUUUUUUAAAUGUCUUUUUCAUAUUUCAUUUCAUUGAUUCACCUUCCAUAUCAUGUUUUCAAAUAAUGUGAUCUUCUAGUGUGGCAGUGGGAUGGAAAGGAAAGUUUUCAUACCGACAGAAAAUGUAUGAAUUCAGUCUUUUUCUGCAAUAUGCCCAUCUGCUGUAGGUUUGCAAUCUUGCCGUAUGAAUUUUCCAGUCAAAGUUAAUGUUGAAGAAGACUGACAUGACCUUUUCCAGACACCUCUCUUUUUGAGUAGGUCAUGUUAUAAAGCAAGUGUUUGGGCCCCAUUUUAAAAACAAUCACCGUGUGUGAAUCAGAGCGAGAGCAACAUAUGCUGGGUUGCAUUAAGGUUUCUGUCUCUUGUGUGUCUGAAUCCAUCAUAGUAACUGUAACAAUAUCAACAAAAUUACAAUGUU